CUCUCUCUUCCUCCUCUGUUUCUCUCUGUUUUCCCCAUUAACGCCUUCUCAAUCUCCUCGGAAACCCCGUCCCACCCAGAUUCCUCCACCGCCGCUGAUAUGUCCAAUGGCAGCGGCGAACUGCCUUCUGAGGAACGGUGCUUGGUGGAGGAGGUGGCUCUGGUGGUGCCGGAAACUGACGACCCGACUCUUCCUGUGAUGACUUUUCGAUCAUGGGUUCUUGGUCUCGUUUCUUGUUGCCUUCUCAUUUUCCUCAACACUUUCUUCACUUACCGUUCUCAGCCACUCGCCAUCUCCGCCAUUCUUAUGCAGAUCGUUGUUCUCCCAAUUGGCCGCUUCAUGGCCUCCACUCUCCCAAACAGGGACUUCCAUUUCUUUCGAUGGAAGUUUAGUCUCAAUCCUGGCCCUUUCAACAUGAAGGAGCAUGUUAUUAUCACCAUUUUUGCUAACUGUGGCAUCUCCUAUGGCGGCGGCUUCAGCCAAAACCUUGUUGGUUUUGUGGAUGGAUCCAUGCCUGCACCAAGCCAGACGAUCGCCGUUGAACCAAGUGAAGAAACAGGGAAUCGCAAAAUUAUCAUCAACCCUGAGUUCACAGUCUGGUACCCCCAGGACCAGCUGGUACUCAGCCUCAUCAACUCAUCAGUCACUGAGGAGGUUCUCAGCACGAUGGUUGGAAUCACCACUGCACGAGAAGCCUGGAUUACGCUGGAGCGACAAUUUGCUUCCACAUCUCGAGCAAGAGCAAUGCAGAUCCGUAUGGAACUCUCUACUAUCCAGAAAAAGGACAUGACAAUUGCUGACUACUUUCGUAAAGUAAAACAUCUUGGUGAUACACUUGCUGCCAUUGGCAAGCGAAUAGAGGAUGAAGAACUCAUCGCCUACAUGCUGCAAGGACUUGGUCCAGAUUAUGAUCCUCUAGUCACAAGCAUUACAACCAGAACAGAUGUAUACACUGUCAGCGACGUGUAUGCUCACAUGCUGAGCUAUGAGAUGCGGCACUUGCGUAAGGGUACAUUUGAGCAACUUUCAUCUGCUAACAAUGUCAAUAGGAUAUCCAUUCGUGGAGGUGCCAAUGGAGGUCGAGGUAGUCGCGGUCGUAGUCGUCAGUUAAAUAGUGGUCAUGGACAAUCAAGGCGUACUGUGAACAAUCCUGGACGUCAACCAUCAAAGACACAAAGCAGCUCAGGCAUUGUCUGUCAGAUUUGUGGUAAGCCCAAUCACGAUGCUUUGCAAUGCUGGCACAGAUUUGAUCAGGCAUAUCAAGCCGAAAAUAAUCUCAAACAAGCAGCUUUGGCAACAAGUGGAUACACUAGUGACACAAACUGGUAUGUUGACACUGGAGCCACAGAUCAUAUCACCAAUGACCUAGAGAGGCUUACCACCAGAGAACGCUACACUGGCACCGACCAAAUUCAGGUUGCAAAUGGCGCAGGUUUGUCUAUCUCUCAUAUUGGGAAUUCAUUAAUUUCUGGUUCAUCUCUUGUUCUGAAACAUAUCCUAUAUGCUCCUAAAAUCAAUAAGCACCUAAUUUCAGUACAAAGACUAGCAUCUGAUAAUAAUGCUGUUGUAGAAUUUCACCCAAACUAUCUUUUGGUUAAGGACCGAGUCACGAAGAAACUCCUGCUCCACGGUAGAUGUAAGAAUGGCCUAUACGUUCUACCGCAUAAUUUCAGUCAAGCCUUGCUGACAGCCAAACUUUCGAAAGAACAAUGGCACAGAAGGCUAGGGCACCCUGCAUCUCCAAUUACCAUUAGAAUUCUACAAGAUAAUAAUUUAGCUAUAGAUACUAAUAUUCCCUCUUCCUCAAUUUGUAAUGCUUGUCAAUUAGGGAAAGCACAUCAAUUGCCAUUUGGUUCUUCUCAGCAUUAUGGAUGGGCUGGAAUGCUGAGAAGGUACCUGGUAGAUCCUGUUGAAAUGUGGUGGCCUGCAAAUCUGGCACAGGUUUCUCUGUUUAGAGCCCUUCAUGAGACGGAGGACAGAUCAAAAGGGAUGACAAGGAUGAAAUUCUUCUUGAUCUUCAUGGGAGCAAGCUUCGUGUACUACGUUUUUCCAGGUUACUUGCUACAAAUCUUAUCAUUCUUCUCGUGGGUUUGUUGGGUUUGGCCUCGCAGCAUCACGGCUCAGCAAAUUGGGUCGAGCCAAAGUGGACUUGGGCUCGGCGCUUUCAGCUUUGAUUGGGCUGGGAUUUCGGCCUACCAUGGAAGCCCACUGGUGUCGCCAUGGUCCUCAAUUCUAAACGUGGGUGUUGGGUUUGUUAUGUUCAUUUAUAUCGUCCUCCCUGUUUGCUACUGGAAGUUCAACACCUUCGACGCCCACAAAUUCCCCAUUUUCUCUAAUAAGCUCUUCACCAGAACAGGCCAGAAAUAUGAUACUACCAAGGUUUUAACUCCCGAAUUUGAACUUAAUGUUGGUGCUUAUAAUAACUACGGGAAGCUCUAUCUUAGCCCCUUGUUUGCCCUCUCCAUUGGAUCUGGCUUUGCCAGGUUUACUGCUACUCUUACACAUGUCGCAUUGUUUCAUGGCCGGGACAUAUGGAAGCAGAGCAGGACAGCAAUCAAGAAUGCAAAAGUGGACAUCCAUGCCAAACUGAUGCAAAGCUACAAACAAGUGCCAGAAUGGUGGUUCUUGAUCCUAUUAUUUGGUAGCACUGUGAUAUCUCUUCUGAUGUCGAUUGUGUGGAAGGACAUCGUGCAGCUGCCGUGGUGGGGCAUGCUAUUUGCCUUCGCUAUGGCUUGGAUUGUCACCCUCCCAAUCGGGGUCAUUCAAGCGACAACCAACCAGCAACCUGGAUAUGAUAUCAUAGCACAGUUAAUCAUUGGUUAUAUUCUCCCUGGAAAACCAAUAGCAAAUCUACUUUUCAAGAUCUACGGAAGAAUCAGCACAGUUCAUGCUCUUUCUUUCUUAUCUGACCUUAAACUUGGCCAUUACAUGAAAAUCCCACCAAGAUGCAUGUACACUGCCCAGUUAGUCGGGACACUCGUUGCCGGGACGAUUAACCUCGUCGUUGCUUGGUGGAUGUUAGACAAUAUAGAGAACAUCUGUGAUACUGAGGCUCUCCAACCUGAUAGUCCAUGGACGUGUCCGAAAUACCGAGUGACGUUUGAUGCAUCUGUUAUCUGGGGACUAAUAGGACCGAGGCGAUUGUUUGGACCGGGCGGGUUGUAUCGAAACUUGGUGUGGCUAUUCUUGAUUGGAGCUGUUCUUCCAGUUCCUAUUUGGGCAUUGAGUAAAGCUUUCCCUAAAAAGAAAUGGAUUGCAUUGAUAAACAUACCAGUUAUAUCCUAUGGCUUUGCAGGGAUGCCACCCGCAACUCCUACAAACAUAGCUAGCUGGCUCAUCACUGGUACCAUUUUCAACUACUUCGUCUUUCGACACCAUAAGCGAUGGUGGCAGAAGUACAACUAUGUCCUCUCGGCCGCGCUCGACGCAGGGACUGCGUUAAUGGGCGUGCUGCUUUUCAUUGUGCUGCAGAAUGGAGGCCAUAGCUUGAGGUGGUGGGGAUCACAACCCGAUCACUGUCCUUUGGCUAAGUGUCCAACCGCUCCCGGGAUCGUCGUUAAAGGAUGUCCAGUGUUUUAGCUAGAUCGUCGAGGCCCGGGACGAUGAAACUAAUAGUCAUUAUGUUACAGAGAGUUAGUUUGAAGUGAUUUGGGUAGGAUUUAUAUAUGGCAUCAUGUUAACUACAAGUUGUGCUAUAAUAUCUUUUAGUGUAUGGCAAUGGAGAGAGCAAAGCAUAAAAUAAAAUUCUAGUAAAGUUCGCUUCAA